UGGCCUCGCCAUCUGGUCCCAGAUAAGAUAAGGGUAGGGAUCAGCACUAUAAAUAGGCCCCCAUUCUCCCUCUGGCCCAGGCUGCAGCUAGCUGAGCCCAGGACAGCUCAGGAGCAGCAUGGCCGUCCGUCUGUGUGUGGUUGCCCUGGCCUUGGCUGCCCUCCUCAUUGUGGACAGGGAAGUGCCAGUAUCCGCAGAAGAGUUUGUCUUCUCCAGAAUGCCCAUCUGUGAUCAUAUGAAGGAAUCUCCAAAAUGUCCCCAGACACUCAACCUGGUCUGCGGCACUGACGGGAUCACGUAUGACAAUGAAUGCCAGCUUUGCUUAGUCCGGAUAAAAACCAAACAGGACAUCCAGAUCAUGAAGGAUGGCAAAUGCUGAUCCCACAGGAACCUAAGCCAUGAAGCUUCAGGCUGGAGAACAGUGGUGGGAGUGGAAAGGAUGUGACAUGAAAUAAAAGAUCCAGCCCAACCUGGUCAAGUGGGCCAGUAUCUUUGGGGACUCUGGGGAGGUGGUUGUGGAGGCGGUAUGAUGGAACUGGCCCCAUCCUCCUUACUCUGAAUUAACAUCCUCUCCAUCGCUCCAGUGCUCAACUCUGUCACACAUCCCCCUAGAGAUCCCAGGUAUGUUUUUCCUUUCUGAGGUCAGGGUUCUAAGAGGCCAGCCCCUGGCCUUAGGACUCUCUCUGCCCAGUGCUCUUGUGUGACUGAGGUCAAGAACCUAGGUGAGAUCUGUACCUUCUGCCACUGCCAGGGUGCUUGGCCCAGCAUCAGAAGCCUUUGUGAGGGUCCCACAACCCCUCAUGGCUUUCUCUCUGGCUAACCCAGCACCGCAAAUUCUCUCUCUCUCUCUCUCACACACACACACACACACACACAACCAAGGCUGAUAUCCAAGUAAUGCACACAGUACAACAGAACUGCUCGUUAAAAUACUGAAAUAGGUGUGUAACAGUUGAAACAGGUGUUGUCCCAAGCCCUUGAUGGCCCCCUCCUGCACCCUGCCCACCCACAGCAGGAUGACUCCAGGCUCGGCUUUCUUUUGGUCAGUGUCCACUCCUACUGGCCGUUAAAUAUGCUGACAUUAGACGCAGUCCCAGGCACACACAGCACACACGCACUCACACAACAGUCCAUAGGAACACACAGCGUGCAGAAAUCUGCCCACAGAGCCCUGGCCUACGGUAUAUGUCAAGUGCCCACUCUUUAGGUCAAAGCCUACAGAAGGAAACGCUUGAUAAUGGUGGUGGGGGAAGAGUGUGGAGGGACCUGGCCAGAUGGGAGCAUUUUCACACAGGAAAACGAAUGCCAAGGUUUAAAAGGAAAAGUGGGGACAAGGAAGGCAGGAACCGACAUUCCCUGAACCACAGAAAUGGGAACCUAAGCAGGAACUGCUGCUGAUAGAUUCACAACUAUUAUAGGGACUGGGAGGUCAUCUACAGGCCCUUCCAUUGCUACUGACAACAGAAUCUCAUUUCCCACCUGCAUAUGAAUAAUGUAAGAUUAAUUUUGGCUGCCAGAGACUGAAAAGCUGAGAUAACUGCAGCUUAAACAGAAGUUCACUUCUUUCACAUAGACCUGUCUAGUAAGCCAAUCCCAUGCUCCUUCUAUAUUUACUCUGCCUUCCUCAUCAGUUUCUACCUCAAGGUCCAA